UAGAAAAAUGGAAAUGAGAAAGCCGAAGCCAAAGCCCAAACCCAUCUUACUUGCAUUUCGUUAACAAUCUCCCCUGGCUCUGUCAAUCGAAUUGGAGCUAAAAUAAAGCGACCACGAAUUUGCAAGACAGCAAUACAGAGAUGAUUUCUAUUAAUGGGUUAAGCCUGAGUAUAGCUAAACCCAAAAUCGCAUUCACCAAGAACCCUUUUCUUAUUCCUCUCUUCUUCUCUAAUCCCAAAACCUCCUCCUCAUCGUCUUCGCAAGUCGCAUUAAGACCUGUUUUUUCUUCAAUGUCUUAUGACAAGGAGCUUGCUGCUGCUAAGAAGGCUGCAUCUCUCUCUGCCCGCCUCUGCCAGAAGGUACAAAAAGCUCUUUUGCAAUCAGAUGUCCAAUCAAAAUCUGAUAAAAGUCCAGUCACAGUGGCUGAUUACGGCUCGCAAGCACUAGUUAGUUUUGUUCUUCAGAAGGAGCUUCCUUCAGAACCAUUUUCAUUGGUGGCUGAGGAGGAUUCAGGGGAUCUUCGCAAGGAUGAAGGCCAGCAAACACUAGAGCGCAUUACUAAACUUGUCAAUGAUACUCUAGCUAGCGAUGAAUCAUAUGCUACCUCUACUUUGUCCACAGAAGAUGUGCUCAGGGCCAUCGACUCUGGCAAAUCUGAUGGUGGUUCUCGUGGCAGGCAUUGGGUCCUGGACCCAAUAGAUGGUACUAAAGGGUUUCUAAGAGGAGAUCAAUAUGCAAUUGCAUUAGCACUUCUAGAUGAAGGGAAAGUAGUGUUGGGUGCAUUGGCUUGUCCAAAUCUUCCUUUAGCUUCUAUCAGUAGCACAAGUCAACAUCCUUCACAAGGUGAAGUUGGUUGCCUUUUCUUUGCUAAUAUUGGUGCUGGGACUUACAUACAACUACUGAAUAGUUCAUCAGCAAGUAAGGUGCAAGUCACUGCAAUUGACAAUCCUGAAGAAGCAUCAUUCUUUGAAUCAUAUGAAGCAGCACACUCCUUACAUGAUUUAUCCAGCUUAAUUGCAAAAAAACUUGGUGUCAAAGCACCACCAGUUAGAAUUGAUAGCCAGGCUAAGUAUGGUGCUCUAUCUAGAGGAGAUGGGGCAAUAUAUCUGCGCUUCCCUCAUAAAGGUUACCGUGAAAAAAUAUGGGAUCAUGCUGCUGGAUGUAUAGUUGUGACAGAGGCUGGGGGAGUGGUCACAGAUGCUGCUGGAAACCCUUUAGAUUUCUCUAAGGGAAGAUAUCUGGAUCUUGACACUGGCAUAAUCGUUACCAAUCAGAAGUUGAUGCCAUCUCUUUUGAAGGCAGUUAGAGAAUCUCUGGAGGAGAAGAAAGCUUCAUCCUUGUGAUUACAUCUGGAUUAGUUAUUUCACUGUUUCUUUUCCUUAAGUCUCUUAAAUACCCACUCUGGUUUGCCAUUUGGUUGCUAUACAAGCAAAUUUCUUGUAAUAAUAAAGCCAGUCCGCUUACAGAAUACAGGGUCUCAAACUCUUCAGGGGGGAGGCUUUUUCAGUUUGUAAAAACUGCUGUUUUAUUGCCUUUUCCUUUGCUCUUCCAUUAAUUGUGAUACUGUCGAUAUUCAAUUAAAAAGAAUUCUCUAGUGCUAGAAAUGAAUUUUUAGAGAGAACACCCAUCA